GUGGGUCCGCGGCGCAGCCCAUCAGGCAUUGCGGUAGGCGCCCUAGGGGCUGGCAGGACCCUGACCCCAAGAUGGCGGCGCCCAGUGAAGUGGAUGCACCUUCCUCUGGCGAAGCCGAUGGCGGGGGCUGCAGCUUUGGAUCGUGGCUAGAUGGACGGUUGGAGGCACUGGGAGUGGACCGAGCUGUUUAUGGUGCCUACAUUCUGGGUGUUCUGCAGGAGGAGGAGGAAGAAGAGAAGCUGGACGCUCUGCAGGGUAUUCUCUCUGCUUUUCUGGAAGAAGAUUCCCUCCUUAGCAUCUGCAAGGAGAUUGUGGAACGGUGGUCGGAAACUCAGAAUGUUGUCACCAAAGUGAAAAGAGAAGAUGAGGUACAGGCCAUUGCUACCCUAAUUGAGAAACAGGCACAGAUUGUGGUGAAGCCCAGGAUGGUGUCAGAAGAGGAGAAGCAGAGAAAAGCUGCCCUCCUGGCCCAGUAUGCUGAUGUGACAGAUGAAGAGGACGAAGCAGAUGAGAAGGAUGAUUCAGGCGCCACCACAAUGAGCAUUGGUUCUGACAAAUUUCUGUUCCGAAAUACCAAUGUGGAAGAUGUCCUCAAUGCCCGAAAACUGGAGCGAGACUUGCUUCGGGAUGAGUCCCAAAGGAAGAAGGAACAGGACAAGCUGCAGAGGGAGAAGGACAAACUAGCCAAGCAGGAGCGCAAGGAGAAGGAAAAGAAAAGGACACAAAGAGGGGAACGAAAGCGAUAACCUUGGUCAACCCUGUGCUUUCUCUUCGUGAACUGAUCAAAGGGAGAAGUGGUUGUGCAAAUGUGUAUUUAGGAGAAAUGAGAGAACAUUGCAAAGUGGUUUCCCAAGGCAUUUCCCUUUUAGUUUACGUGGUUAAACGGAAAAUCACAAACACCUCUAAUUACAAAAUGUGCCAUGUCUCUGUUGCGUGAGUAAUCAAAUUGUUGUAGUUGAUACCUGUACCAAAGAUCUGGAAUGGGGGCAACCUUUAUAUUUUAGUACUGAAGUCCUGAGCUGCUUUUGGCCACUUCAAAAGUCUUCCCUCACCUUGGAUAAACAGGAAUAUUCUGAAGGAACAGUCUCAUGAGCACUCCUUCCCUGAGAUGAAAUGAGGAGUGUAAAUUGCUUCAGAAGUACUAUUCACCCCUAAAUGUAUUGUUUUAAGACUCAAAUAGAAAGUGAAUGAAGAGCCCUACCUGGAUCCAGAUUCUAUGUUACAUGGCAACACACUAGGAAACUGAGAAGUUAUUUGAUGGAUAUUGUAGAUUUGAGAACUUCAAAAAAAAAAAAAAAAAUCAGCCUAUGGGAGGAAAGGAAGUAUCUUUUUAACAUAGAGAUAGUUACAUUUUUCCUUAUUUAGGAUGGGAUUUUAAGAAGGAUGUGUCAGUAUUGUGUGCAAGGAUAUCACUGUUAGAUUCCUCUGAUUGCUAGUAGAGAUUUUAAUCCUUGUUUGCCCCAAAACAUUAAGUAUAAAGACCUGAUAAUUACAGGUUUAGAGAAAGUGGAGAAACCACCUUUUAAGGAAGAAACACUGGAAAUCUCUGCUAACACAAAGAUAUUUAAGAGUGUACAUAGUAGGUGCUCAACAAAUUGAAUGGGUGAGUGAAUGGGAAAUUUGCUUGGGAGAGUCAAAAGUGAGCAGGAACUCUCCAUUUCUACCUUUGUUACAAGUACAUUCAAUUUUUAAAUAAGUCCUUUUCUUCAGGCAGCAGACUGUCAAGAAGCCUGAAGAGAGCAAUUUCUCCGACAAGAUAAAGUUGAUAUUUUAUACCAGGGGUCAGGAAAUUACUGCCUGAAAGACAAACAUGACCCAGUCUGUUUUUAUGUGGUACAAGCUAACAAUGAAUUUUACGUUUUUAAUGGAUUGUUAAAGAUCAUGACAGAGACCUUAUAUGGCUUGUAAAGCCUAAAAUAUUUAUUACCUGGCCCUUUGGAGAAAAAGUUUGCUGACCUCUGUUUUAUACCAUUGAGAUUAACAAAAGUUUUAACCUUUGUGCAGAAGGUGAAAAGAAGCAUGGUUAAGGAAAAAAAUGUGUUACCUCUAUACACUCCUAUAACCGUGGCAUUGGCAAAAUUUUAAACAAAACCACCUUUUUAAAAAAUAAACUAUUUAAAUCAGUGUCUUCUGAUUUACUUUGAUUCCUUCUAGUUACCUAUGGAAAUGAAUUAUAUGUGGAGAGUUGCUUAGCAAUGUGUUGAAUUUUACUUUAUGCUUUGUUUCGCUUAGCCCUAAUAAUCUCUUCUACCAGUAGAACUUCUUCCUGAAAUCCAUAAAUUGCCUGCCUCAGUUUUCCUUUCU